UCCGCAUCUGUCUAAUACGUAGCUACAAAUUGUCUUGUGUCUCCACUGUGCGACCAGUUGACCACUUUUAUCCAAUCUCGGAAAACGAAGAACGUCGGAGAUAAUGGAAAUCAAAGCUGGUUUAUCAGCGCUAGUCACCGGAGGUGCCUCCGGAAUCGGCAAAGGUCUUGCCCUGGCUCUUGCAGAGAAGGGUGUGUUUAUCACAAUUGUCGAUUUCUCUGAAGAAAGAGGAAGAGAAGUCGCAACCCUUGUUGAAAAAAUCAAUUCCAAGUUUCACUCCAAGUUAGAACAUCCGUCUGCCAUAUUUGUGAAAUGCGAUGUGUCUAACUCAAAGUCACCAACAGGGGAUCUAGCAGCUGCAUUUGAAAAGCACUUGUUAACAUAUGGAGGACUAGACAUUUGUAUUAACAGUGCGGGGAUUGGUAAUCCUAUACCAUUCAAUAAGGAUCAAACGGAUGGAACUCGUUCGUGGAGAUACACUGUUGAUGUGAAUUUCACUGCUGUUAUUGAUUGCACUCGCCUCGCGAUUAAAACCAUGGAAGCUGCCAAAAGGCCUGGUGCGAUCAUCAAUUUGGGUUCUGCUUCUGGUCUAUAUCCAAUGUAUGCUGACCCUAUCUAUAGUGGCUCUAAAGGUGGUGUUGUUAUGUUUUCUAGAUCACUUCGUUUGUACAAACGCCAAGGAAUUCGAGUCAAUGUGCUUUGCCCUGAGUUUGUUGAAACUGAGAUGGGUUUAAAGGUGGAUUCUAAACUCAUCGGUUUGAUGGGGGGCUUCGUACCUAUGGAAAUGGUGGUGAAAGGUGCUUUUGAGCUCAUCACGGAUGAAAGUAAAGCUGGCCAUUGCCUAUGGAUUACAAAUCGUCGAGGUAUGGAGUACUGGCCAACCCCAUCAGAAGAAGCAAAGUAUUUGACACGUUCUGCACGUUUCAGGAGAAGAUCUGAAUUCAAAGCUCCAUCAGUUAAACUCCCGGAGAGUUUUGAGAAAAUAGUUGUUCAGACCUUGACUCACAACUUUCGGAACGCUACCAGCAUAGUCAGAACACCACUUAGAUUACCUGUCAAACCAAACCACAUUCUUGUGAAGAUACUUUAUGCUGGUGUAAAUGCUAGUGAUGUAAAUUUUAGUUCAGGCCGCUAUUUUGGUGGCAACAACAGUGAUACUGCUUCUCGUCUACCAUUUGAUGCAGGAUUUGAGUCUGUAGGAAUAAUUGCAGCAGUUGGGGAUUCUGUUACUGACUUGAAAAUUGGCAUGCCUUGUGCGCUCAUGAAUUUCGGAAGCUAUGCUGAGUUUGUGAUGGUUCCUUCGAAACAUGCCCUUCCAGUGCCUAGACCUGAUCCAGAAGUUGUUGCAAUGCUUACAUCAGGAUUAACAGCGUCAAUUUCGCUAGAAAAGGCAGGACAGAUGGAAUCUGGAAAAGUAGUCCUUGUUACUGCUGCGGCAGGAGGAACUGGUCAAUUUGCUGUUCAGCUUGCAAAAUUAGCAGGUAAUACAGUGGUUGCAACUUGUGGAGGUGCGGCAAAGGCCAAGCUUCUGAAAGAGUUGGGAGUUGACAGAGUCAUAGACUAUCAUAGUGAAGAUGUAAAAACGGUUCUAAGGAAAGAGUUCCCCAAAGGUGUUGACAUCAUCUAUGAGUCCGUUGGUGGUGACAUGUUCAACUUAUGCUUGAAUGCUUUGGCAGUCCAUGGACGACUCAUUGUUAUUGGCAUGAUUUCUCAGUAUCAAGGAGAAAAUGGUUGGACGCCAUUAAAAUAUCCUGGUCUGUGCGAGAAGCUCUUGGCGAAGAGCCAAACUGUGGCUGGCUUUUUCCUGGUGCAAUAUGGUCACCUGUGGCAAGAACAUCUUGACAGACUAUUUAAUCUUUACUCCAUGGGAAAGCUAAAGGUUGUUGUUGAUCCAAAGAAAUUUAUAGGCCUCCAUUCAGUUGCAGAUGCUGUUGAGCAUCUCCAUUCAGGAAAAAGUGUUGGGAAGGUUGUUGUCGGCGUGGACCCGGCCUUCCUUCCUCAAGUGGCCAAAUUAUGAGUCAAUACAUGUCAAAUUACCUCAUGAUAUUCCAUCAGUUUCAUAUACAGAAAGGAGAAGUUAACCUUGCAGCUCUUGUCUAGAGAUUGUCGUCCAAUGUUACUGAAAAAUAGCUGCAAACUCAAUAAAAUUGCUGAAAAUAUUUCCAAUACUUCAUUUUUGGUUAUUUGUGCUAUUGUGAGUGUUAAGAAUAAGAAAAAUGGAAUUAGGUGUACCAAGUUUGUAUUUACACUUCAGAUCAGAUUCCAUGUCCAUGAACUAUAUAGUAGAUAACUCUCUACUUUUGGCUAUUGGUGAAAACUUCAGUCUAUCAUUUGUUUACUUUAUUGAAA